CGUUAUCCGACCAACACUAUUCCGUCUUCCGCUACCGAGCCGACCGGUGUGUUGUACUGUUGUUCUGUUUUGUCCGCGCGCGAUGUUCUACGAAAUGCACGACAAGCGAUACGAUUCCGGGUCCUCGUGCCUGGGCCGGUGCUGGAUGCUGGUGGCCAUGUGCGGGCUACUCAUCACCGUAUCGUUCAUCGGCAUGACCCUGUGGCUGGGCAUGAACAGCCGACCGGACGUGCCGAUCGCUCCGGCGUACCAGCCGCCCGCGCACGUGGCACCGAACGUGCACCGGCAGCACCACUACGAGAUGACCACGGCCAAGGCCACGUUCCCGACGGCCGACUACGACGCGAUGCCCACCACGAGCAUAAAGAACAAAAAGGGCCGUAUCGAGAUAGUCGAACACGAGAAAAUGGCGAAAAUCGAACCGACUACGCCGAUGACGAGGGCCCUGGUGCCGAACAAGCAACUCGGCGACGGGGUGAGCCCGAUGGAGGAAGAGACGGUCGUUGAACCGUCAAGAACGAACGGGGUGACGAGGAAGAAGAGCGAAGUGGUCUACCCGAACUGGUCAUCGGACCUGGAGGCUAAGACCGAUGAUCAGGACGAGGUGGCCGAGCCGCCGCAAGAGUUUCAACCGUACUACGUUAGCGAGCAGCCGGACACGCAAAAGUUCAACCCCAUACCCGCGUUUUCGUACCUCAAAGAGCACCCUGUCCGGCUGUCCGAGAAGGACAUCCGACCCCCGGGUACGGGUGAAAGCGAGGAGUAUCCUUAUUUCUAUCCUCAGUUCGAGGACGUCACUCCGGACGAGAAAACCGUCAACAAUCCCUUGUUCACGUUCUUACGCAAAAGGUUGCACGACGUGCGCGAUUGGUUGGCCCAGUCGGGCGUCCGAAAGAACCAGAGUCAAUGGAUUCAGAUAGUGGACGCGGUCAAUCAGUCAUUGUUCACGAAGAACUCCACUAUUGUGCUGUCAAAGCUUCGGGAAAUGUACGCCAACACCAGUGAUGUGGUAGCCGCCGAUACGCCCGUGGCCAGUCUCAUUUAUCCAACUGCUGCCAACGACUCGGCCGCCAGCCUCGUGUCGUUCGGGCUCUUGGCUAUCGAUCUAUUUUUGUUGCAUAACGUGCAGCAGAUCGCCCUGAACGAAGACGCCGAGGCGGGUCAGCAAAUGCUCAACGACCCGGAUGUGUUGGCUUUGAACGCGCUGUUCUUGCCCCCGGAUCGCGUCAAGCAAAUGCGGUCGGCCAAUUCACGAGUGUUGUCCGACGACCGUCGCGAUAGGAGCCCGAAAGGGUUUAUUACCGAAUUGAUGGAGUUCGUCAACGGCGGAUUGAGAGCCAUACUCAAUCUGAGCCGGGCGUACAGGAGUAGCUCUCGGGCGGCUAAGGCCGAAGGUAAAAGCGUCGGUGAUAACCCCACUACUACGAGCGGAUCGUCUUUGGACUGUAUUUGGACGUUGUACUGUCGUAAUUUAGACAAAACUGCUAAACUGAACGGCCCUUAUGGAUUUCUGGCAAAAAUGAACAGCUUGGGCUUACGAUUAAUGAUGGGAGAGUUUCCUGUCGAGAGAGCUCUAGAGCAUUUCAUCAAGGAAUCGACUCAUGGAUGGCAGCGAUUGAACUGUGAUCGACUUUUCCCCAGGUGUAACGGAGAAGAAGCUAAGCAGGUGGUCAUCGAGACGGCGCUCGGUCAAAACACGUCUAGUGACUCCGAAUCAUCGUAGUUGUUCACAUGCUUAACCACCCAAAUUUCACUCUAUUUUAUUGCUAGCAAGGAGUUUGCUGGAGGACAAAGUUCGGAUCGUUAUUUUUCCGUGUAUUUAACGCAUAUAGUACAAUGUAAAUCACGUCUGUACGGCGUAGAAUUAAAUUUAAUAAAGAUACACUUAACUCGCAGUCUUCCAGCAAUCUCUGCUUAUCGAUCAUGUCCGACUCGUACGGUCUGUGAUAUGAAAAUAUUGUGACGUAAACUUGUAAAUGAAUUAAAUGCUUUUAUAUAUAUAUCUAUCUAUAUAUACAUAUAUUAUACAUUUAUGUAUAUGGUAGUUAAUAUAUGAUAGUAUCCGUCGUUAUUGAAAAUUAGUUCCUCCUAUAGUUAAUGUUAAUGUGUGUAACGUGUCUACGUAUAAGAAAAUGUAAUAGAAAACAUAAAGUAAAAAAAUGUGUAGGUAGUUUGUAACGGCAAUAGAGUACCUGUACUGUUCCCACCUAAACAAGCCGAUAAAUAUUAGUACUGAUGCGAUCAGUUAUUUCCUAAAUCGUUAUCACCGUGAAUUGUAAAUUGUCAACCGUUAUUUCGCGAACAAACAACAGGGGAUUUAUCGUUUUUUCGUUUGUUGUUACACUUUCAAUUUUUAUUUUUCUACAAGUUUCUUAUACAUCUUAAAACUGCACGAGGAACACCCGUUGAUAACUUAUCAAUCGUGACGAACCGUCCAACCGUAAUUUCGUGUUUACGUCUUACGGUAACCUGAACUAUACACGAUGUAGUUCGAUUUAUAAACCACCUUUUCUCGUUUACUGCUAACAUCGAUUACUUGGCAAAUAAGAUGCACUUAAAAAAAUGUUCGAAUCGUCAAAACGCGUGAGAAUCGACGGUUUGCCACAGGCUUGUCGAAUUCCAAGCAUAUUAUUAUCAUUACAAAUCUUAACUGUUAUGCGUCGACAAACAAUUUUAUUAUUUUUUUAUUUUUACUCUUGUGAUUUCGUAUAAAUCCCAUAACUAUCUCAAACGUAUUUUAUGAAUACUGCCGAAUAAAAAUAUUUUCAGUUCGUACUUCAUGCAAGGGUUAUAUUGUAAUGUCAUGCUACAGCUUGGAAGGUUUCUAUUGUCGUAUUAUUUAAGGCAUAUUCUCUCAUAGUGUACUUUUAAGAAUAUUUAAACAUUAUUUUAAAUUAUUUAUUUAUGUAUUUUUGAAUUAU